GCCGGCGGCCGGGCCCGGCGGACCCACUGAGGAUAUGGCUCUCUUGGCUGGAUCCCUGUUGGGCCCCACGAGUAGGUCGGCAGCGUUGCUGGGUGGCAGGUGGCUCCAGCCCCGGGCCUGGCUGGGGUUCCCGGACGCCUGGGGCCUCCCCACCCCACAGAAGGCCCGGGGCAAGACUCGCGGAAACGAGUAUCAGCCGAGCAACAUCAAACGGAAGAACAAGCACGGCUGGGUCCGGCGCCUGAGCACGCCGGCCGGCGUCCAGGUCAUCCUUCGCCGAAUGCUCAAGGGCCGCAAGUCGCUGAGCCAUUGAGGAUCGCGAUGCUGUCGGCGGGACCCCCAUAGAAGCAUCGCCCUCACCUCGCGACCUUGCCUGGCGCUGUUUUUGCAGGGAGCUGGGGAGCAGGAACGCCUCGGACUUGAGUGCUCUCCGUAUUGUGGGGUUGAAGGCUGCAUGGGAGCUUGCCAAGUCCCUUUUUAGGCUUUUUAGGAAGCCUAAAUUAGGAAGCAUUUCGAACCUGCGCAACAGACCGAAGAACAGUACAACGAACCUCCUUGUACCCAGUACACAGCCCUGACUACCGACCACCUACAACCCGUCCCUGCCCCAUCCUUGGUUCUUUUGAAGCUGAUCUCAGGCAUCGGAUGAUUUCUUCUAUAAAUAUUUCUUGUAUCUCGGAAAGAAUGUAUCUCUCCAAGAUGAGAGCUCAUUAAAAUAUAAUUACAAAGCGUAUCACA